AUGGUUAACGCAACUGCAAACGCAAACUCCACUUCGCAUCCCAUCCGAGUCAAUUUCUUCGGACAAGCGGGCGUCGAGGCUGCAUCUCUUAUGAUCAAUUCCAAGGGUUUCGUCUCCUCACACGCAUUGAUUGCCACGUCCGGUAUGAACGGAGGAGCGCCAUUCGCCAAUCCCAUACGUCUCACCUCCUAUGGAUCAUCCACUGACGCUGUGAAGCCCAAUUGCGUUUACUCGAUGACGUGCAAGUUGAUCUGUACAAAUGAUACCGCAGAUGAUCAUUUGCAUUUUGAGAAUUCUUCCCGAAUCGAUCUCGGCGACGUUGCAAGAUUUGGAGAAGACUUUGCCGAGGAUCUCAUGGACAAAACCAUUAUGGUCGCAUUAGGCUACGUGAUGGGUCGUGAAACUGUCAAAGAUCCGCUCUACAAGGGCAAGCCGACGGUCGUUAUUACGCUGCAAUCUCAAGAUUAUGAUCCCUUGACAAAGAUUCCUGUAACAUGGUAUACCAAACACCACAUCCCACCAGUUCGCAACAUGGAGAAAGCCCAAAAUAUAUGUCAGAUUGGGCGUGAGGUUCAAUUAGUUGGCGCCAUCAAAGACUAUGACGGCGUUAAUUUCAUGUGGGAGACCGAGGUCUCUGCCAUUAGUCGAUGCACCGGUGAUGCCCCGAGUAUGGCCGACAAAAUAAUCAAUAAGCCUGGAACACCAAAAGGGGGCCGAGUUCCUUUGACAUUAAACAAGGCUAGCACAAUUGCUAGCACUUCCGCGGUCAGCCUCGAUGCGGGAUCCAGCAAUGCCACAGGUGCUACCUCCAGUCAAACUGAAGUAACCGACGGUUCAAUUGUAGACGUCGAAAACGACGCUGUGAACGGCACAUUGGAGACUCCAGUCAACUCUUCACCAUUGAAACGUCGACGUUAA